UGUACUGUAGAUGACUCGUUCGAGUGAUGGACUCGUUAGGUUUAAAUUAGGUCAAGUUGUGAUUUUUUUUUUGUUUUUUUUUAAGGUUUAGGUUUUUUGUUUGACUCAAAAGCUGAGAAAGGUGGUGGAGAAGGUGAAGAACAACCCAAGUUAGAUCUGAAGAAUUCUCCAAAGUUUUCAACUUUUUAUCAAAGGGUUCUCAAUUAUGCUUUGAAUUUCUUGAAAUUCUCUCACAAUGUCUCCUCGCCCUACUUUUUGCAAGCUCAUUCUUCCUACAACCCUUCAAUCUAGGCAAUUGAGGAUUCCGGAUAAUUUUCUGAGAAAACAUGGGGCGCAACUUUCGACUGCUGCCACCAUCUCUGUUCCUGACGGCACCGUCUGGCGUCUAGGAUUGAAAAAAAUCGACAACAAACUUUGGUUCGUCGAUGGCUGGCAAGAUUUUGUUCAACGCUACUCCAUUGGUAUUGGAUACUUUCUAGUAUUCACGUAUGAAGGGAAUUCAUGUUUCGUCAUUCAUAUCUUUAACAUGGGUAGUGCGGAGUUAAACUAUCAAUCCGCCAUGAGAGGCCGUAACGAAGGGCCUUGCUAUUCAAAUUAUCAUCCUCUAUUUAGCGAAAUGGAAGAUGUCGACUCCCUUGAGUUUCUGAGUCCGUCGCCUUCAAACCAUAGUUCUGGUGUAUUGCAAGAGAAGGUUUUCCCUGGAUCUGUGGAUCAACUAACACCAGGGAAGAAUCAUACUCCAUCGUUGCAUAAUUUGUUUAAUGGCGGGUCUAAACUCAACCGCGUUAACUGGGGAGAUAUUGAUGGCACUCUUUCUUCAAAGGUUGCCAUUCAGUCAACCAGAGAUAUAGGUGUUCAGUUCAAUGCUAGUGAGUUCAAAAAGUCUACAGAAGAAGUGAAAAUCCGCUAUUCUAACGAGGAAGGGCUUAAUAGUAGUGAUACUAAAAAAUCUUCAAGAAAGAAGCGGAAAUCAGAUCCGAGUGCACAGGAAGGCUCUUCUGCUGAAAAUGAGGAGGACGCAGAUUCGCGCUAUCGGUUCUAUGAAAGUGCGUCUGCAAGAAAAAGAACCGUAACAGCAGAAGAAAGAGAAAGGGCAAUUAAUGAAUCUAAAACAUUUGAACCAACUAAUCCUUUCUGUCGAGUUGUGCUGCGACCCUCCUAUUUAUAUAGGGGAUGUAUAAUGUAUUUGCCUUCUUCCUUUGCAGAAAACAAUUUGAACGAGGUUUCAGGAUUCAUUAAACUUCUGGGCCCCACUGGGAAAGAAUUUCCCGUUCGCUGUCUUUAUAGAGGUGGCCGAGCAAAGUUAAGCCAAGGAUGGUAUGAAUUUACAGUAGAGAACGGUUUAGGGGAAGGAGAUGUCUGUGUUUUUGAGCUGCUUAGAAGCAGAGAGGUAGUGCUGAAAGUUACUUUGUUUCGUGUUCGCGAGGAUGAAACAGGGUUAUUUGACCCUUCUACGCUGGUGAGCCAAAAUGUGAGCCAUGCAAAACUGCUGAACCCUCACUUGCAGCACCGUGUCAGCGUCACCAAACUGAUUAAAAAUUAGCAGGGAGAGUUAAGUCCUUCUGAUAGACUAUACAGUUUCUGUCUAGUAGUUUUUACUUCUUCUGAGUGAUCCUGGUAUUCUCUGGUUUAUUCAGUUUGGAACUUUGAUGAUUUACAUGUCCAUAGCCAACUUUGAACUUAGUUAUGGUAGUUUUGAUAUGGAUAUUUUGUUUUCGACUUGGAUUGUAAAUAGACUGUUCAAUCUAUUUAAUCAUAAACUGAGUCGAAACGCUUAUCCUAGCGCUUUAUUUUUUGGUAUGUCCUGGUGUAGACUUUUUGGGUUUAACUUUCUUUGGAUCUGUUUGUAGUUUCACCUGCAUGAAUAUAAUGACUCAGUUACUGUGUUUUUUUUAA